GCGAGAAUAAACGUUGAGGAAUUCUCUGUAGUGUCCGAUAAUCAUAGUGGCCAUCGGAAAUGGCAGCAUACACGUUACCGGAGGGAUUCUCCGAUUUUGACAUGUUUGCAUUCGGUUCAGCUCUUCUUGUUGGGGGUAAGUGAAAUAUUGAAUGGCAAAAUUUUGAAAGAAAAGCUGUUAUUUAUUUGCGCUUGAGAAUUGGCUGCCAGAAUGUGAGAUUUUAAAGGGAUCUUAGGUCUAGUGAUUUUAAAGUCACUAAAAAAAAAAAAAAGAAUUGCCCGAGAAUUGCUUUGAAGAUUCUUGAAGUGAUGACAGCAACUUCAAAUCAUGCAAAGAUGUCACUGGGAGAUGUGAAUAAUAUGCAAGGAUUUGAAGAUGUGAAAUGUGAAAUAAUGAAAUAAAAGUAUGUGAGGUUAACAUUCAACGAUUUCUGACAUAACUGAUUAGCCUAUUCACCAAUAGGCUAUAUAAUUUAACUGAAAUGUUAAAUGUCCAUUUAGUCUGUAUGUCAUGGAAUCUAUCGCAAGAUGUUUCCCAUUAUGAUUUAUUUAUUUAUUUCGUGUGUGUGUUUUAGGUCUUCUUGGAUUCUUCCUCAACGCCAUUUCAAUAUUGGCCUAUAUUAGUGUAAAGGAAAUGCGAACUCCCAGUAAUUUCCUUGUCUUUAACCUUGCUGUGGCUGACAUUAUGCUCAAUACAACUGGCCUGAUCGCUGCAUUCGCCAGCUUAUCUUAUAGGUAUGAAUUCUUAUCCUUUGACACUGCGUUAAUGCCUGUGGAGGUUGCCAAACGUAUGUGUACACUAGUUGGUUGUUAACACGCUCUUAUGCAUUGAUCUAAAAUUGGUUUACAGACAGGAUGUCAGGACAAAUCAUUCUAGAGAGGCACAUUUUUCAUGUAUAUCUGAAUAGCUUUAUAAUGGAUAGAAUCUGUACUACACACAGCUGGAAUGGUGAACACUCGUUAGGGUGUGUGGUCAUGACUUCAUAGUUCAACUGAACCACGAACCAAAGCAGGUGUAUUUGGUUUAACAAAAAUGAGUCACCCGGUGUUAAUGUAAGAAUGUAGCCAUUUUGAAACUGGUUUUUGCCUGAUGGGAAUAGAUACACUAAGGCUACGUUUACACAGGCAGCCCAAUUAUGAUCUUUUGCCAAUAAUUGGCCUUUUGACCAAUCAGAUCAGAUCUUUUGCCAAAAAUUGGCCUUUUGACCAAUCAGAUCAGAUCUUUUGCCAACAAUCGGGCAAAAGAUCAGAAUUGGGCUGCCUGUGUAAACGCAGCCUAAAUGUGCUCCUUUCUUGUCACCAUAGACACUGGCCCUGGGGCCAAGACGGAUGUAGCAACCACGCCUUCAUGGGAAUGACAGCAGUCCUGGCCUCUGUCAGCUUCCUGGCUACCAUCGCCUGGGACAGAUAUCACCAAUAUGUCACCAGUGAGUAGUAUCCUACUGUACAGUAUGUAUUCAUAGCAUUUAUUAUAUGCUUUAUUUAUCGAUGUACUAUAUACAUCUACAAAGCUACAAACAUAUUCUUGCAAAUUACAAUAAACACGACAACUUUAUUUUGUUCCAGAUCAGAAGCUGUUUUGGAGCACGGCCUGGACUUUUUCUAUCGUUAUCUGGGGGAUGGCCAUCUUCUGGGCGGCCGUCCCACUGACUGGUUGGGGAGUUUAUGACUUUGAGCCCAUGAGGACCUGCUGCACUCUAGACUACACCAAAGGAGACAAGUAGGCUACAUUUAAAAAGUGGAACUGACUGCGUUCUAACUACUUUGCAGAUACGAAAAACAAACAGACAAUCAUAAUAUCAGUCAAAAACAUACAAUUCCCAGUUUACGCUACAAAACCAACUUUAUAGGAGGUUUAAAAAAUAAAAAUAAAAUUAUAUUUGACUCAACAUUCCAUGACGUACACUAAGGCGUUGUUGGAUGCAGUUCAAUGCAUGAUUAAUAUAAUUCACCAAUACGUUUCUUGGUAGUCCAAAAGAUGUUGCUAUCAGGUUGUAAAUCACAGCUGGCCUGGUACAUUGUUUGCUGCCUCUAUUCGCGAUGCACUGUUUCAGUUUCCAUUACUAAAUAUUUUGGGCCCAAAACGCACCAUGUAACGCUGAGAAUGUCAAUACAAUCAAACUAGCAAAGGGCUAUGAUCACAAAUCAGUCAUAACGUGGCUAAUAGGCUAGCGUAUCUAUUUAUGUAUCUAGCUAAAAACACAGAGCCUUAUGUUAGCUAGCUAGCUGCUAGGAGGAUGUCAUGUCAUGUCAUUGGAGGGGUGGGUGAGUGACUGACUUUUACCCCUCAUAUCGUGUUUUGGCGGCUAUACACAGCUAGAGAUGCAGGUGUCAUUUGGUUAGCUAGCAAGAACUUGAACGACAGUUAUCCAGUUAGCAUAUCUCUUGAGUUCGCAAAUUCACUCUACGCUAUCUACUCCGAUUUCAGAGCGCUCUCGUCUGAGUGUGCCAGAGUGCAGAACAACUGAUGAAUUUACGAAUGCGCAACACCCGCUGCAAUAUGACCGGUGUCAGUAAAUGUAGGCAAGAAAUUUAAUAUUUAAUCAUGAACGCUCUAGAUAACAUGUAAACAGCCUAACUAACAAGCUCUGCUACGGCGAGUAAAAUGGUCAGAGUGAGUUGUUCUCUCAUUUGUGUCUGGAAGUAGCUAGCUAGCAAGCUAGCCAACUUUAGCCAGUUAGCUUGGGUCCUUGGUUGGGACAAGCUGCAGAAGGACAAGUAGGCUACAAUUCCCCAUCGUUUAUCAGUGCAAUUUUGAUGGCCAACUAGUUGAAACAGUUUGAGAGGGUUUAUCUAAUGUUCCUGUGUUAAAUUUUAGCUCAUCUUGCUCUGGCUAGCAUUAGUUGUUGUUCUUGUUGAUACGCAUAACUGAGGGAGAGAGAGCGUACCUGUUCAUGGUUGUUUGAUCAAUAAGACUGUAAAGUUCCCAAAUGUAAGAGGACUCCCGUGGUAUUGACAUAUUUGCAGAAAUCCAUUCAGGUGUAUUUUGUGGCUUUUGGCGAAUGUGUUCUAAUGAUCUAAAGUCGCGCUGUUGCUGCUGUCUGUAAACACACCAUCCGGUUCAAAGUGAAUGAUGGCCCAUGUGGCAAAUGGCUUGUUUGCAUAAAGGCCUACUGUAGCUCUGAUUGGCUAUGGUGCACCGGUCCGCAUAGAAUCUGGUCCUCGAUUAGACAGAUGGUUUUAUUUACUGCAGUGUCUAUUAAUUGUCCAAACGCAUGGCCGCUUUCCCACUCUAUAUUGCUAUAGGAUUUUCACAUGCGUUAGUAUACGUAAUUGCCAAACAUUCUAAGAAUUUAUGAAAAUGUGAAAGUUACCAUAUCUAAGUGCUCGCUUUUCAGAAUGUUUUUAUUUACAAAAUGUCAUGUUCUUCCUGGGGGUGUAUAUGAACAGAUUUGAAUAAGAUUUUAUGUUGCUAAAAUGCUGUCAUUUCCACUUUAAAUUCACAAUUACAUUUUGGUCAUUUAGCAGACACUCUUAUCCAGAGCGACUUAGUCAGAAAUGAUACAUGCACACACCAUCAUGUUCUCUCUCAUCUGUGGUUCAGGGAAUUCCACCAUCAUGUUCUCUCUCAUCUGUGGUGCAGGGAAUUCCACCAUCAUGUUCUCUCUCAUCUGUGGUGUAGGGAAUUCCACCAUCAUGUUCUCUCUCAUCUGUGGUGUAGGGAAUUCCACCAUCAUGUUCUCUCUCAUCUGUGGUGUAGGGAAUUCCACCAUCAUGUUCUCUCUCAUCUGUGGUGUAGGGAAUUCCACCAUCAUGUUCUCUCUCAUCUGUGGUGUAGGGAAUUCCACCAUCAUGUUCUCUCUCAUCUGUGGUGUAGGGAAUUCCACCAUCAUGUUCUCUCUCAUCUGUGGUGUAGGGAAUUCCACCAUCAUGUUCUCUCUCAUCUGUGGUGUAGGGAAUUCCACCAUCAUGUUCUCUCUCAUCUGUGGUGUAGGGAAUUCCACCAUCAUGUUCUCUCUCAUCUAUGGUGCAGGGAAUUCCACCAUCAUGUUCUCUCUCAUCUGUGGUGUAGGGAAUUCCACCAUCAUGUUCUCUCUCAUCUGUGGUGCAGGGAAUUCCACCAUCAUGUUCUCUCUUGUCUGUGGUGCAGGGAAUUCCAGACCUAAAGGUCAUUUCAUUGUAGCUCAACAACUCCCUCACACACUGUUACGUCUGCACAUUUGUUGAUGUUUCACAAGACUUUAAAAAUACAGUUUUGAAAAAAGUAGACUUCCAAAACUCAUAAAAACCCUGUUUAAACCAGCUGUUGACAUCACUGUUUGGAUUUGUAAAAUGUAAACAAUGGAAUACAGAAUCAGGGCUUUAAAACAAUCAAGCAGAUUACCACGAAGGUAAGCUGUUUAACCCAGUUGAAAACAUGCAGCAUUUCACACACAGAUAGAGGACUGCUAGAAACCUCUAAUGGAUUGGAUUAUUCAUUUCAGACAAUAAAUCAAAGCUCUCUAGCAAUGUCUCCCACAGACUAGGUUUGCAAAAUUCUGGUAACACAAUUCCCAGGUUAUCCAGAUAUCCUGGACGAUUCCGGAUUUCCUGAAUCCGGGAAUCCUCCAACCGGGAUUUCUGGAAAACCUGGGAAUUUAGUUGCCGUAAUUUUGCAACCCUAGUCUGUGGAUUUUUUUGGGGGGAAAAUGACCAGAAUUGAUCAACCCUAGAUGAGUGAGGAUGCCCCAUUCAUAGAGAUGCACAGUAUAAUACAGUAUAUGUCUUAUGUCAUUCUAUUGUCCAUGUUCAUCUCCAUCCAACAGGGACUACAUGACCUAUAUGGGGGCACUGACUGUCUUCUACCUUAUCUUCCCUGCUUAUGUCAUGAAGUCCAACUACGACGCCAUUCACGCAUACUUCAAGAAGAUCCACAAGCACAGGGUAAACCUUUUAACAUUCUGCCGGUAGAACAUUUGGAACAUGUUCUUUGGAGCAUUACAACUCAUUUUCACAAUACCAUUAAUCUUUGGCCGGAAAAAUGUACUUCUCAUUAUAUUACAAAUUGAUAAUCGUGUUAAAUCCUAGUAAAUGAACAUUGGGAAAGUUGUUCCAUGAACUUCAGAUUACAAGACCUUUGAGCAAGAUAAUCCUGUAGACAAUGGUUGCUGUAAUGUUUUCACUUUGCAUUUAUUUAGGUAAGUAAGAAGUCUAGAAGGACUAUGGGAACAUAAAAGUCAUUUAUGUUCUACUCUUUUAUACAUUAUAUUAUGCUGACAUGUUGACUCUAUGUUAUUGUUGUCAUAGUGUAACUCAAAAGUCACAUUUCAUUCAAUUCAAUACAACUUUAUUGACUGUCCCUGUUUUCCAGUGGAACACCAGUGUACCACUGAGAGUUCUGUUGUUCUGCUGGGGACCCUAUGAAAUCAUGUGUAUCUACGCCUGCUUCGCAAACACCAAACUGGUCUCUCCAAAGCUGAGAAUGGUGAGUUCUUCUUCUUCUUCUUCUUCUUCUUCUUCUUCUUCUUCUUCUUCUUCUUCUUCUUCUUCUUCUUCUUCUUCUUCUUCUUCUUCUUCUUCUUCUUCUUCUUCUUCUUCUUCUUCUUCUUCUUCUUCUUCUUCUUCUUCUUCUCUAUUCUUUUUUCUCUUCCCCGUCUCUUCCUGUGCUUGAUAAUGCUUUAGUUAAAUGAAACGUGAAUGGGGAGGCUUGAUUUAAAUCCUUUUAACAAGUACAUGUUUAUUCAUUUCGUAGUUGCUUCCAGUUUUGGCGAAAAUGAACCCUAUUUUCAAUGCGUGGCUCUAUUCCUUUGGGAACGAGUUCUACAGAGGAGGGGUAUGGCAGUUCCUGACUGGCCAGAAGUUUACAGAGCCCGUCGUUGUGAAGUUAAAAGGAAGAUAAAGGAAGUUCUCCUUAGUUACAGUCAUAGAAUUAGAAUGGUCAGAGUUUCUAUGCCUA